ACUAGGGUUUUACUGCUCGGAAUAAAGCAGUUCGGGACGGAGUGACAGAGCUGGGUUCGCGUCUCAUUCCCUCUUCAUGCUCCGCCUCCGACUGAGGGCGGUGAGACAGAGCGAUCCGAAUCCGCCGCAUAGACCCAGCGGCUGUGGGGUUCAAUUCUUGCGAGUGCACGCCUUGCUUCAGUCACACCUGACCUGGGUCAGAAAGAGAUGGAUUAUCAUUUCCCAGAACCCUGAGAACUGAAUUAAAGCACAAGAGAAGACAAAGCGGGGGAUGUUUUGAGUUUAGCCUCAGCAGCUGAAUUCCCAUCAAAUUACCCCAUCUUCCCAGACGGUGGGCUUUAGGGCUUGUGCUCCCAAGCUGGGCACACACAGCACAAAUGGUUUGGAGUGGGGGGCAGGAUCCAGCUGGUGUUCAGAGACAGUAAGUAGAUGCAGGGGUCCGGAAGUUGGCGAGGGUGAGGGAGGUGAGGUGCUGGUGAAAGAGAAGAUUUUGAGCCUUUGCCACACUGCAUUAAAAGAAAAGAGAAACCUCGGAAAAUUGGAGGAGUGGUUGCCAGGAACACAAAGAAAGCAGGGCAUUCAGAAGACACGAGGCAGGAGUCCAAAUGCAGGGGAUGGAGUUUCAGACCCUCUUCCAGUUUUAAAUGGAGAAAGGGUAGGGGUGUGGUUGGAAAUGAUGCUGUCAGACUGCCCAUUCUAUGGUACUGGUUGCCUGGCACCGCCCACCAGGGACUUGGUGUGCAGGCUUUCUCCUCAAGCCAAGGCUAACCAUCGCCCGUGGGUCCCGCUCAGCCUAGCUGGGAAAGCACAAUGGCAAGGUAAUGGCUGCAGCUGGAGACGUGCCCCUCUCAAGUCAGUGGAGGACAGUGCCCAGGCUGUGCCCCUUCCCGCCUGUCCCCUCAGUGAGAGGCUUGAAGGAGAUGGCAACCUGGAUGCCAAAGGACUAAGUGGGACUGUCCUCGGACCCACUGUGGAGCCAGAGGAAAGGCACUGUUGUGGAUUCGGUCACAUGAUGGAGGCGGAUUUUGAGCUGUUUACUAAAUCUGGUCCCAAAGUGGCGGGACUGGAUGGACACUGUCCUCCAACUGGCUGCAUGCCAGAUGCAUGCGUUGGGUCAUGUCAUGGAGCUGGUCCCACAGCAGAGGCAGGGGGUGGGCUGUAUCAUGGAGCUGGUCCCGCAGUGGAGGCAGGGGGUGGGCUGUAUCAUGGAGCUGGUCCCACAAUGGAGGCAGGGGGUGAGCUGUAUCAUGGAGCUGGUCCCACAGUGGAGGCAGGGGGUGGGCUGUAUCAUGGAGCUGAUUCCUCAGGAGAGGAAGGGGAUGGGCUGUAUCAUGGAGCUGAUCCCACAGGAGAGGAAGGGGAUGGGCUGUAUCAUGGAGCUGGUCCCACAGCCGAGGCAGGGGGUGAGCUGUAUCAUGGAGCUGAUCCCACAGGAGAGGAAGGGGAUGGGCUAUAUUGUGGAGCUGAUCCCACAGCCGAGGCAGGGGGUGAGCUGUAUCAUGGAGCUGGUCCCACAGUGGAGGCAGGGGGUGGGCUGUAUCAUGGAGCUGGUCCCACAGUGGAGGCAGGGGGUGGGCUGUAUCAUGGAGCUGAUUCCUCAGGAGAGGAAGGGGAUGGGCUGUAUCAUGGAGCUGAUCCCACAGGAGAGGAAGGGGAUGGGCUGUAUCAUGGAGCUGGUCCCACAGCCGAGGCAGGGGGUGAGCUGUAUCAUGGAGCUGAUCCCACAGGAGAGGAAGGGGAUGGGCUAUAUUGUGGAGCUGAUCCCACAGCCGAGGCAGGGGGUGAGCUGUAUCAUGGAGCUGGUCCCACAGUGGAGGCAGGGGGUGGGCUGUAUCAUGGAGCUGGUCCCACAGUGGAGGCAGGGCGUGGGUGGUAUCAUGGAGCUGAUUCCUCAGGAGAGGAAGGGGAUGGGCUGUAUCAUGGAGCUGAUCCCACAGGAGAGGAAGGGGAUGGGCUGUAUCAUGGAGCUGGUCCCACAGCCGAGGCAGGGGAUGGGCUGUAUCAUGGAGCUGAUCACAAACAGGCUGGAAUCUCACAAGCUCUUACAAUAUCUGCUUCAAAAGACUGUGCAAUUAAAGAACUGACAGAACCUCGCAAACACCAAUGGAGAUACCAGAAUGUUCAAGAUGUCGAGGGGAAUGUUAUCACAGAAACUGGUUCAUCAGAAACCCAACCACAUCCAGCCUGCGAGGGCACCGCAGGGUUUGCAGACCUGGUAACUAUGGAAACAGGCACAGUGGGAGACCAGGCCCAAUUAUGUGAUGCCACCCAGGCAAAGGAGAAAGUUGGUGAUGGGGACUGUGAAGAUGAGUUUGGUAUGUUCGAGAAGGCGGGGAACCUGGUGCAAUGGGCUGAAUUUCCAGGCCCUCUGGAACUGGAGUGUGAGACACCACAUGAGCACAGCUAUACUGCAGGUGGAUGGAGUCCGGAGUCAGGCAACGACAUAGUGACCUGCAGAAUGUGGAGGCCCAAGUCAGAGAACACGGCAACCGCAACAGACGUGGAAAAAAGUGUGCAUCCAGGAGCAAGCCUUCAUGGGUCUUCAAACAGAGCAGCAGAGAGUUGGAGGAGCACGUGGCCACCCAGCUGCGUCACACCCAGUCAUACCCAAACUUCUGAAAGUGGCUGGAGAGCAUUCCACAGUGAAGACUGGCAGACCGAGGGCAACAGCUUUGAUGCUUUCCCCUUGAACAAGUGGGAGAUAGAGCAGCAGGGAACCAAAGCAAAGUGGUGGUCUGCUGCCCUGGAGUGUCAUUCAUUCCAGCCAACACCAUCUGCACAAUCAUCACUGGACAAUGUUGGACCGGAGUCAGUGUUCCACACCUGUUUCCCAACGGUCUCUUCCACCAACUUGAGUGACCCAACCCCACCCCUUGGGCAGCUGCUGGGCGCGAAGAAAGGGGGUGAAGGAUUCCUAAGCACACAGGCCUGUGACCUCUGGGCUUCACUGCAGAACGCCGCUGAGACAGUCGGGCUUCAACGUAAAUGGGCUGAUUGUCGGAGUCGCAAACUCUUACUGGUGUCACUAUGUGUAGAUCCUGCAACCACGGAGACAUCUGCAGGUCACACGAGAACUGUUGCCUCCUCUCUACCAUUCUCCAUAGAUACUAGGACUGAGUGGCAGCCUUCACCUGAUACCUUGGACUGGGAUUACAAGGAGUUAAUGUUAAUUAAGAACCCGGCCCCUCAGAUCCAGAAUGGCUAUAGCCCAACCCACCGUAUCCAGGCCUUCUUUUAUCACUGGACGCAGGCUGACAGAAAUGGGAAAAGCAAGACUACAUAUGACUUCAAUAAGAACUUCAUGGCCUAGUGGAUCUGAAGCUGCAGCAUUGGUGCUUCCUUCUGCUCCAUCAAGUCUUUUGCACAGCCUUUAUUUGUCUCUCUAGAUCACGUCUUUAUUUAUGUCAAGGGGCUUAUUUGUUUAUUGGGAAAGUGGCAAGGCAGUCAGAACAGGAAUGAAGGAGUGUGUGGAUAGUUUCGGGUAUAAGUGCAGACCUUUCCAACUAAAGAGAAAGGUAGCUAGAAAUAUAGAACAGAAUUAUAGGAGCUUCUACAGAUAUUUUAAAACGAAAGGAGUUUCACUGGGUAAGCAUCGGCCCAAAAGAAACUGAGUAGAAAGAAUUAAUAAUGAAAAAUAGGGAGGUAGCAAAUUAAGUGAUCAGGUAUUUUGCAUCAGUCUUCACCAUAGAGGGUAAAGUAGUCUCCCAUAAAUAGCUAUAAAUCAGGAAGUGAAAGGGAGGGAGGAACUCAAAAAAAUUUCAAUCACCAGGGAAGUGGUGCUGUGAAAAUCAUUGAAGCUGGUAGCUGACAAAUCCUCGGGUCCUGAUAGACAUCACCCUAAAGAUUGAAAUGGCUAAUAAGAUAGUCGAUGUGUUGGUUUUAAUUUUCCAAAAUUUCCUGGACUUGGGCAAGAUCCUAUUAGAUUGUAAAAUAGCAAAUGUUAGUCCUUUAUUCAAAAUGGGAAGAAGAAAUAAACCAGGAAACUACAGCCAUUUAGCUUAAUAGCUGUCAUAAGAAAGAUGUUAGAAGCUAUUACAACAGAUGAUUUAGCAGGGCACUUGGAAAAGCUCAAGGUAAUGAGGCAGAAUCAACACGGUUUUGUGAAAGGGAAAAGAUGUUUGACCAAUUUGGCAGCAUUCUUUCAGGAAACUACAUGCUAUGGAUAAAGAGGAGCUGGUGGUUGAACUAUACUUGGAUUUACAGAAAGCAUUUGAUGAGAUGCCACAUCAAAGGUUGUUACAGAAAAUAAAAGCUCAUGGUGUAGAGGUAACUUAUAGGCAUGAAUAGACAAUUGGCUCGCAGACAGGAAACAGAAAGAAGGCAUAAUGGGAUGUUGCAUCUUGAGGGUAAUCUAGCACCAGGGGUUACUUUUCAAAAAUAAAGGGUCAAACAUUUAAGACAAAGAUAAGGAGAUUUUUCUUUCCUAGCAGGUUGUGAGUAUUUGGAAGUCUCUUCCUCAAACAUUGGUGGAUGCAGAGCCUUUGAGUAUUUAUAAGGUAGAGGUGGAUAGACAGAUCUUGGAUACCUCACUUUAGGUAGGAUGUGAUGGUCUUGGAGAUGGCAGAGGAGAUUUACUAGAAUGGAACAGAGGUAAGGAACCUCAGUAAUGUGGAGAGGCAAGGGAAGCUGGGAUUGGUCUCCGUAGAGGAACAGUUGUUCAGAGGAAACGUAAAAGAGACAUUUGAGAUUAUAAGGAAAUUUGAUGAAUGAGGAAAAAUGGUUUCCAUUGCCAAUCAAUAAUCAAUAACCAAUAAAGCACCUCAAUAAAGGUUUCUGCAGAAAAUAAAAUCUCAUGUUGUUGGGGGGCAUAGCAUCUUGGCAUGGAUAGAAUAUUGGCUAGUUAAGAGGAAAGACUUGGCAUAAGUGGGUCAUUUUCAGGCUGGCAAGAUAUAAUGAGUGGUGUGCAAAAUGGGUCAGUCCUGUUUAAUACUGUACAAAGAACCAUGCCAGUGUCUUUUGUCUGUCCACUUUGCUGAAGUUGAAAUAUUUUCAAGACAAAAAUCAAUCAAGAUUGGACUCUCAGGGUAUCAAUGGAGAUGGGAUUGGGUGGGAAAGUGGAUUUGAAGUCAAAAAUCAGUCAUGACCCUGUUAACUGGUGAGCGAGGGACCAUACAGUCUACUCCAGUUUUAAUUUGUUUCAUCCUUGUGGACUUCAAUUCAAAGUCUCUAUUGUGUCAGGGUUUCUGGCGCUGUCUACUGACCCUCCCUGAUUGGGAAAAUGGGUGUUGCACUCAUAAGAAGAUCAGGGGUGACUGUGUUGUUUCAAUGGGCAAUUACUAAGUAGACUCUCAGUCUGCCCCAUGGAUCUGAAACCCAGCCAAGAACAAUCUUCUGGCACUAUAUUUCACUUAAUCAUUACUCCAAAACUGCAGGAUAACCCAAGGAAGGAUGGAUUGCUCUCAGAACAGGAGCAGUGGACGUUUAUCAGAAUGAAGAGUUAAACUAUGAGACAAGAUUGCAUAAACCAGGGCUGUAUUAACUGGAAUUUAGAGUUAUUGAAUCAAAGUGUUCAAGAUACAGAGUGACACAAAUAGAGUCAGUUGGGAGAAACUAUUUCUGCUGGUUUGGGAGUAUAAGGCAAAUGGGAUAGUCUGCCAAUUAGGCACAGACUGUUAUGCAGCAAAAUUAGGUCACACGCCUACACACUAAAUAGAAAUAUUAAACAGUUUCACAAACAACAACUUACGCUAGAUUAAUAGAUCAUUUUAAAUCAGAAAUUGAUAAAUUUAUGAUCAACUACAGGUACUAAGGGAAAUCAGGCAAAAGUGAAAAUAUGAAGUUAGGUAACAGAUCAGCUGUGAUCUCAUUGAAUAACAAAACAGGAUGCAGGAGCUAAAUAAUCUACUCCAGUUCCUAUGUCGCCAUAUGUUUCUAAUCUAUGUUUUGUAUUGAGUCAAUGCUUUUGGAUAACACUCCUGGACAGUCUAGCUGUAAUUGUAAAAUUAUGCUGCCUUGUUUUGGAAAUAAUUUCUCUCCGUCUACCCUAUCAAAUCUUUCAAUCCUUGGGAUCAUCUUGCAUAGAUUCAUCAUUACUUUUCAACUCAAGGAAAUACCAGAACCACAGCAUGCAACCUAACUUCUACUUCUAGGGAUAACAAGGUGUGGAGCUGGAUGAACACAGCAGGCCAAGCAGCAUCAGAGGAGCAGGAAGGCUGACAUUUCGGGCCUAGACCCUUCAUCAGAAAAAAAAAUGUUCUUCUACUCCUAGGCUUUGUGUUCAAAUCACAGCAUUGGCAGUAAGCACAAAAACUGGGGUCAUGUACAGUAAUGAACAGGAAGAGACCAUGUGGUUUCUAACACAUAAACAGAAAUUGCCAGAAAAGCUCAGCUGGUCUGGCAGCAUCUAUGGACAGAAAUCAGAGUUAACUGGCCAAUCUUCAUCACUAUGGGUUUCUACCUGGUUUCCGGCAUGGGUCUGACCACAGUGCUGCUGACACAGAGGUGCAGAGAAUGCCAAGCUUAUGUCGCUAUCUGACAAGGUGACCAGGCCAGGACAGAAGUCUGAAGGGGAGCAGUUUUCAGUGGAUUCAAUGGUGAUUCCCUGCUCACCAUCCUUCCUCAGCCUCCCUGCUCGCAAAAGAAAGCACAUUGUACAAUUAAACAGGCUGUUGUGACCUUUUUAUUGGUUGGGUAAGGGUCACAUGACAGCAAAGGUGUUACAAUGGAGUUGAGGUGCUGAUUAGCAAUGAUCUGAAUAGCAGGUUAGACUCAAGGGGCUGAGUGGCCACUCAUGUUCCCAUGAUAGAAUUAUCCAACCAUUGAACCAUAUUGUCUGUGCAGAAUUGGGCACAGAUGGACAAACAUCUAAUGUGUAUCAAGUCUUCAUGGCUCAUGCUGAUAGUACAGGCAAGGAUGGGGAAGAGGGAACUGUCAGUCCUAUUUGGCAAUUGCAACUUGUACAAAUCUUUCCACACACAUUGAAACUUGAAGAAACCACCCACUAAAUAAGACUGUCUGACCAGCAGGCGGUAUUGAAAAAUUCUUGCAUGGACCCCCUUUAAAAUGACAACACAUUAAUGAAGUCCUGUUCCAGCAGAAUCUGUUCAGCCCCUGGUCAAUACUGUCUGUAAAAGCCACAGGGGUCAAUACAGCUGUUUAAGGAAUGGGCUGAGAGUUGGACAGAUACGGUCAUGGGACACAAUCGAUUCUGGGGAAUAUGAAAUGGAUCAGUGGACGGCAAUAAAUCUGGAUUGCAUCCAAGACAGGUUAUAGAAAUUCCUCGUCUGAGAGGUUUUACAAAUGGUUAUUUACUGGAAUAAAAAUUGGAUUGUUGUUGGGAGCGCCAGUGUGCACUGAGUCUUGCAAGGAUCAGGGAGGCUCAGUGGGGUAGUCUUUCUUUCUCUCCACUUUACUUUUCAAACUCUGUCAGUUUGUAGAACUUCCGUCGCUUAUCUCAUGAGAACAAAUUCCAAUCCUCAAAGUCUUUCACUGAUCUCUGAGUCAUAGUUCCAGUCCCCAGCAUGGAGAAGGUUGUUAGCACCAAUUAAAUGAGCAAGUCAGAGCAUGUACAUUUCAAAUGAGAUCCUAAAAUUGAAGCCCAGUCUGCUCCAUCAAACAGAUACAAAAGGUCCUGUUACUCUACUAGGAGGAAGAUUGGAGGUGUUCUGUCUGUUUGCCUGGCCUAUACACAUCCCAGAAACAAUAUCAGUAAAACAUGACUAUCUAGUUUUAUCUCAUGGUUGUCCAUGGAUUCUUGUUGUGUCAAAUGGACUGCUACAUUUCAUACAAUUGACAGCUACCCUUCAAAAGCACUGACUGGCUGUGAAGCCCUUUGGGAUGCCUUUAGGUCGUGAAAGGUGCUAUGUAAAAGCAAAUUACUUUACUGCUUGUAUUGUGGCCUGGGGGAUAUUUACCUUGCUCUCCACAUCUUCCUCAGUAUAGUCCUCUCCUUACAUUUGCCAAACAUGCUAUUUUACCUGUCUCUACUCUCUGAUCUGUUUUUGGCUGUUGAAUAAGCUGGGAUUCAUUGCUAUUGGCUCUUGUAACGUUACCCUGAAGCAAAAGAAGGCAAAAUAACGGAGACAGAAUAUCCUAUUGUUCACACAGCAGAUGAAAGAACCUUAAUAUUGUUGCAUAUUAUUGAAUGUCAGUUCUCUCUCGUCUUUCUACCUAGGGGUGACCAAUCCUUAUUUGGCAGCCCUAUUCCUGACUGAAAUCAAGAGCUCAUUGAGGGGGAAUGGCAGUCUCAGACCUGUGACCCCCAUUGUGUGAGUUGACCCUUGCAAGCACACACAUUGGCUUUAGAUCAUUGUAACAUAGGGUUGGCAAAGACACAGUGGGCUACAUGAUCAUAUUGUCUCCUGUUAACCUCUAUUGUUCACCUUAACAGUGGUUCUCACCCUCCAAUUGUUUUAACUUUUAUCAGAAGAUCCCAUCACUGUUGUAACAUCUGAUUACUGAGAGCAAGCGUCUGGAUGCAGUAAACACUGACUUGUUUUACUGGAAUAAAGGUGAUGAAAUAUCAUGAAAUAACAUUGACAUUUGCAAUAAAUAUCUUUCAAAGUUCACAAAUUUGUUUUACAAUGACAGGUCGAUGCAUGAAGUUUAAUUUAACAUAGACCCCCAAAGGAAUGGACUUAACGUUAAUUUGCCAACCCUUCAGGAUUGACCUAAGGUGGCCAGAAAUUGAGCAUAAAUAUCCAGGACACUACUGUGAGUAACUCUUGGCCUGUGAAAUCAUAGGGACAUUGAAAGCAAUUUUUAAAAUGUAUCUGUUUAUUAAUAUUAGAGAUUGGGAGGAUGACUGGCAUGCAUUUACCAGCCAGUUGCCUCAUGUGUCUCUACCCUUUACAGUUGGCCGUAAACUAGAAUUCGGGGGAGACAUUCCAUCAGCUUCGACAACCAUUAGAUGAUAGGAAUUUGUCUGUUCUCUUGCAGGCAGUAUUAACAAGAAGCCGUCAAAUCAUUUCAUAAGUGGCUGCUUUGCUAAUCACCUCCUCAUAGGUGUCAUUGUCUGAUAGCUCCUGGUCAAUCUCGUGAGCAUUUGUCAUAUGCUGUUUCAGGUCCAUUGUAGUGGGUGAAGAUGCUGCCACAGGUUGGGCACCUGUAGUUGGGAUGACUGCUGUGCUUCUCCUGGUGUCUCCAGCAUGACUUUUGCAUGUGGAAUGCAUGGUCACACAAGCAGCAGCAAUAGUUCCUCCUCCAGAAAUGGACUUUCAAAUGGAAGCCGAGGCUCCUCUCAACAUUGCACCAGAGAUCACAGAUGUUGCAGCCAUCGGCAACAGCAAAGUUGAAGUGUUUGGACAUUGGAAUGAAGCGAGCUGGGGGGCAAAGGUCAGGGCCAUCUGCCUUCUUCAAAAAAAGUCCAUUUCUACCUGAGCAUGCCCAGUGACUGGGUUUUUGAGAUUUGCAGCAAUUAGUGUGAAGCUGCAAAGUGUGAAGGCUGUUAAAAAUGUUCUGACACAUGCAGCACCAGUAAGCUUUGGAAUAAUAUUUUGGGUUGUCUGUUUGCUGGAAUGAAGCACUGGUGCCUUCAGCAGAUGGUUGGUUAAACAUCUGGCUGUCUGACAUUUGGUCAAUUGGCCAAAUACUCACUUGUGGGGGAAUAUCAUUAAGACAAU